CUUGUGUGCUCUUUCUUGUGUGUGUGUUUUUUUUUGACGCAAAUCCACACACCACAACCGCCCCCUUCCCCCCUUUCCCCUUUUUUACCCGUUCCCUGGCGUUCCAUCGUUCCAUGCCGGGUCUGCCCCUCCAGUCCCAGUGGGUGUGGCCCCUGUCAGACACCGUGCCGUCCAAGCACCUCCCGCCAGCCGGCAUCGAGCCUGGCUCUUGCCUGCGCUGAGCCGUGCUGUUUCUACCACCCUUGCCAUUUUGAUUGAGAAGAAGCCAGAAAAAGAAGCCGAGGCCUGCAGGGUCUUGAGCACAGCCAACGCUGGACAGCAGGCGCAAGAGAGAUAGAGAGAAAGAAAAAAAAACCUUUUCUCCAGCUCGUGUCCAUUUGUUUUAUUUUGUCUUUUCUUCUUUCUCCAUCCACCCAUUCGGACGGGCUCUUUUCCACUCCCAAUCUCUCCAUCCCUUCAUCGUCCCCUCGUCACAUUUCCGAAUCGCACGGCUUGCGCAGCGUCGGGUACGAUCGGGAUGAACAUGGCGACGGAAACGGCGACGGCAACAGGCCUUGACCUCUCACCGAACGGCGGCCUGGACUCGCCCGCUGCUAAUGGCAAUGGCAAUGGCAAUGGAAGCGGCAACGGCACCGUCAAGCAACGUCGGCCAGCCGAGCAGGAGCAGUUGCACAGCAAUGGCGGCCUGGUGAUGGCGAAGACGCUUGGCGGCGACGCCGAGACGGACGAGAACACCAAGAAGGAGCUGAAGCGGGCCUUCCAGCGAAAGUACCGCCACGUCGCCGCCCUGCACUCAAAGUCGCGGCCGUCCUGCCUCAGCCACGACACCGAGAUGUCUCCCAGCUUCGUCGGCUUCCGAAACCUGAUGGUUAUUGUGCUGGUUGUCGGGAACCUCCGUCUGAUGAUUGAGAAUAUCCAAAAGUAUGGAGUCUUGAUCUGCAUACGCUGCCAUGAUUUCAGGAAGCACGAUGUGGUCCUGGGCGUGGCGCUUUACCUGCUCAUCCCAUGCUUCCUGUUCGCCGCCUACCUGAUCGAGCUGGGGGCGGCAUACCAGGCCAAGAUCUCGCGGUCGAGGGUGCGUAGGUCGUCGCUGUCGUCGUCGUCGGGCGCGACGGCGGUCGGUGGCGGCGCCCCCAAGGACGGCACGGUCAGCCCGACGGACGACGAGUCGCGCAAGUUCAUGUCGACGUGGAAGCUAGUAGCACUGCUGCACGGCGUCAACAUCACGGCGGCGCUCGUCAUCACGUCGCUCACCGUCUACUACCAGAUCCACCACCCGCUCAUCGGCACCCUGACGGAGCUGCACGCCAUCAUCGUGUGGCUCAAGACGGCGUCGUACGCCUUAACCAACCGCGACCUGCGCCACGCCUACCUGCACCCGUCAAAGGGCGAGCGCGACGCCCUGCCCGAGCUGUACGCCCAGAGGCCCUACCCGCAGAACAUCACCAUGGGCAACCUGUGCUACUUCUGGUGGGCUCCGACCCUCAUUUACCAGCCCGCCUACCCGCGCAGCCCGCGCGUGCGCUGGGUCUUUGUGGCCAAGCGCGUCGCAGAGGUCUUUUGCCUCAGCGUCUUCAUCUGGUUCGCGAGCGCCCAGUACGCGACCCCCGUGCUCGUCAACUCGCUUGACAAGAUCGCCUCGCUCGACUUCAUGUCAAUACUCGAGCGCCUGCUCAAGCUGUCCACCAUCUCGCUCGCCAUCUGGCUCGCCGGCUUCUUCGCCCUGUUCCAGUCCUUCCUCAACGCCCUCGCCGAGGUCAUGCGCUUCGGCGACCGCUCCUUCUACGACCCCUGGUGGAACUCGGAGUCGCUCGGCGCCUACUGGCGCACCUGGAACAAGCCCGUCUACCAGUACUUUAAGCGCCACGUCUACUCGCCCCUGCUCGGCCGCGGCUUCAGCCCCCGCGCCGCCAGCCUCAUGGUCUUUCUGCUGUCCGCCAUCCUGCACGAGGUUCUCGUGGGGAUACCGACGCACAACAUUAUUGGCGUCGCGUUCCUGGGCAUGUUCCUACAGCUGCCCCUAAUCGCCAUCACGGCGCCGCUGGAGAAGAUGCAGUCGGCGACGGGCAGGCUGCUUGGCAACUGCAUAUUCUGGGUGUCCUUCACGGUGCUCGGGCAGCCGUUUGCGGCCCUCAUGUACUUUUACGCGUGGCAGGCAAAGUACGGGAGCACCAACCGCCAGAACGGGCAGUUGCACUUUGAGGUGGAGGUGGGCUCGCACUGAGACUGGUUAGCCGGGGGUUUAAAAGGCCGCUGCUGCUACUUAUUGUACGCUGGACGAAGUUGGAAAAACACACAAGAUAGAAUGAUGUGUGAACAGACCUGUUAUGAAUUCACCGGCAAGGCCAUUGUUUGUUGGACUUGAUCGAGACGUUUGCGUGAUAAAGAUAAGGCAUCGAUACGACAGUCUAGAAGAGGAAGUAUCUAAGAUUACACUGCGCCAGUUGU